AUGGCACAGCAAUUCAAGUUAAAGGACAUCGCCUCGUUGUCCGACCUGAAGCCCGGCGACAAAAUUGAAUCCGAGGUUGAGGGCGUUUCCGAUGGGAAGGUGCUCUUGCUCAACCACGAUAAGAAAAUCCACGCCCUUAGCCCCCGCUGUACGCACUAUGGAGGACCAUUGAAGGGCGGUGUCGUAUCUCCAGAUGGACGAAUCAUGUGUCCCUGGCACGGAGCCUGCUUUAAUGUUGCUACUGGAGACAUUGAAAAUGCACCAGCCCUCAAUGCUCUCAAAACAUUUGAUGUCCUCGAAAAGGACGGCGCAGUCUAUAUCAGCGGGACAGAAGCCGACAUCAAGGCCGGCCAGCGAAGCCCCGGCAUCAAAUGCAGUGCUUCCAAGUCCGAUGAAAAGCUCGUCGUAGUCGGAGGAGGAAGUGGUACAAUCGGCGUUGUCCAAGGCCUCCGUGAGCAGAAAUACACGGGCCAGAUCACUAUCGUUACGCAAGAACCCGACAUGAUCGACCGCCCCAAGCUCUCCAAGGCCCUAAUUACCGACCCAUCCAAGAUCCGCCUCCGGUCUCCUGACUGGUUCAAAGAAGCUGGCAUCGAGAGUGUAUUCGACAAGGUCACAGCAGUCGAUUUUGACUCACAAUCCCUCACCACCGCCUCCGGCAAGACCCUGCCAUACACGAAACUUGUCCUGGCACCGGGCGGCAUCCCCCGCUCCCUCCCCCUCCCAGGCUUCAAAGACCUAUCCAACAUCUUCACCCUCCGCUCCAUCGCAAAUGCCCAAUCCAUUGUCUCCGCCGUCGGCGAAGAAAAAGGUAAGAACAUUGUCGUGAUUGGCAGCAGCUUCAUCGGCAUGGAAAUCGCCAACUCCCUCGCGGAUGGGAACAACGUGACAGUCGUGGGCAUGGAGGCCGCGCCACUGGAGCGCGUGAUGGGCGCACAAGUGGGCCGGAUAUUCCAACGAAACCUGGAGUCUAACGGCGUCAAAUUCAAGCUCGAAGCCGGAGUCAGCAAAGCGACUCCCUCGGCGUCGAACGCGUCCGCCGUCGGCGCCGUGCACCUCGAAGACGGCACCGUGCUGCCUGCAGACGUGGUUGUGGUAGGUGUGGGCGUGCGUCCUGCGACAGAUUUCCUCCAGGGGAAUGCGGCGAUCAAGCUCGAGAAGGACGGGUCUGUGGCGACGGACGCACAUUUUGCGGUGCCCGGGUUAAAGGGCGUCUUUGCGGUGGGCGAUAUCGCGACGUAUCCGUACCAUGGACCCGGUGGAAAUGGCGCGCCGGUGAGGAUCGAGCAUUGGAACGUGGCACAGAACGCCGGCCGAUCCGUUGCGAGGGCGAUAGGCCAUCUGCAGCAUGCGGGACUGGAGUCAUUGAAGGUGCGGUCUUUCAUUCCGGUCUUCUGGUCAGCCCUUGGGGCACAGCUGCGAUACUGCGGUAACACGGUGAAUGGGUUUGACGAUGUGGUCUUGCGUGGGGAGCCUGACAAUGGCAAGUUCGUGGCAUAUUACGCGAAAGGGGAUGUGAUCCUCGCCGUUGCGACGAUGGGGAUGGAUCCUUAUAUGGUGAAGUCGGCGGAACUGAUGCGGAGAGGCAAAAUGCCUAGCAAAAAAGAGAUUGUGGAUGGUGUCGAUGUCCUCGGACUCGAUCUUUAA